AUGCAUUAAUAAACCUCUCGUAAAUAAUGUUAAAUUUGUCAAAUGACUAGAGAUAAUACUUAUUAAAAUCCUAAUUGCAUGCAUAGUUACUGUUUGAACUGUUGUUAGAACAACAAAAUCAAAGGGUAAUGUGAAGCAAAAGACUGUAAAGCUUAAAUCAAUCUGUCGAAAGUGGUAUAAUAUUUCGAGGAAGUUAAUAGGAUAUAAAUGUAAGGACUUACAGGAAAGUAAUAUAAUAAUAAUUCUGAAAUCAGUGUAUCAUCUAGCAUAAAAUCAUCGAUGAUUAAUAAAUCCAAAUAAUAUGCUUCUCCAAAUGAAUCCAUCUAUGAUUCGCAACAAUUCUACUCCAAGAACCCUAAGAUGGAUAUAUCUGCUACUCUUAACUAUUGUGCCCUUUGUCUCUUCUACAUUAGAGACGAUUUAUUGAAACAAUAAUUGCAAGUCAACAAAAACAAUCAUUAUUUGGAAUGCCAAUUGCACACAAUUUGUGCCUAUUGCGUUAGUUAUUUUAUUACCCGUAAAAAAAGCAAAAAAUAUUAUUGUGAAAUAUGUGAAAGACUGAUAAAAUGA